AUUUUAUGUUACAAGGCCCUAAGCUUUCUCCCAUGUUCAGCCCAUCUCCUUCAUCUUUCGAGCAGCCCUCCGGUCGCAUUUCAUCCCCAACGGCUCCUUUUUCUCGUCCUCUUCCCCAAAAUCCGGCUCCCUCAGCAGUUUUCCCGAUCGGAUUUGCCCAAGCCCUCCAUAUUUAAGCAGCAAAGCCAACAGCCUCCUCCUCCUCAAUUGUUCCAUUUUAAUUUCCGCCAAGUUCCCAAAAUCCCGUCAUCUUCCUCGGCAAGAAGGAGAGCCACCAGAUUUCCGGAGACGAAGGCCGUGCGCGCCGGCGAUCCAAGAGCACCAGGAACCCCGAUUUCUGGCGAGGAGAUUCGAGCGCACCCGAGUGCAUCAAGUUCCGGCGGACCCGUGUGCAGCCAAGAUUCCGCACAGCCAUAGUCCGGCGAGCAGCAUCAAAAAUCUCGUGAUUGGAACAAGAAUCAGGUGGCUGGAGAACCAUCAGCAGCACCAAAAGUCGAGACGUUUUAAGCCAAAAACCGAGCCACCUCCUUUUUCCAUUUCAGCCUUCAGCAAGAUUAACAAGAAAACGAGCCCUCGCCAGAAUUUUCACUAGCAUUCGCAUCGACUGCAUUUCAAGGUUGAUGUUCGUUGGCGCGAGACGUCAUGAUUACGCUAGAGGGUGUUUGCAGUUUAGGGGGCGAAGUGCGCAAGAUGUACCAGUGGGUCUCGUCUUACAAUACUCGCCUUUUGAGAAUUCCUCAAUGUUUUGGUGCAAAAUGUCGUUCGUCGAUCAUGAGAAAGGCAAUCUUGGGUUUCGCUUGCUCUGGCACCUCAUGCAUUUAGUCUUCAGCCUAUGUUACUUUGUUCACAGUUUGAUAAAUGCAAUCGAGAGCUUUCUUAUCUCGAGUGGUAUAUUUAAGCAGUACAAACAUCUUGAUAUUAGCAAAGUUCAGUACCUGGCCGUUGUAAUAGACAGUGAAGAAGCCCUCGAGAUGUUGAAAGUUGUCGAGCUAUUACGAUGGCUUGCGGAUAUUGGGAUUAAAAAAAUUUGCCUUUAUGAUAAAGAAGGAGUGUUGAAAAAAUCCAAAGAUGCCCUAAUGAUAUGGUUGAAAAGUGAAAGAAUUUUAAAGGAGGGUACUAGCUAUCCUGUUCUUGAGCAGAAAUAUAUGAGUUUGGAAGUGAUUUCAUUUUCUGAUUCAAAAGAUGCGGUUGCAAAAGCAGCUAAUUUUCUUUUGAUGAAGCAUUACUUGGGUACUGAAGAGACACCCGAGUUAACCGAACCUGACAUGACAAAUGCUCUCAAAGCAAUAGGUAUGGUAUGGGACUCUAGAGCCAGAUCUCAUGUUAAUUUAUGGGCCUGCGAGAUGCCACCUAGGAUUUCCAGCUUGGAGAAGUCGUUACACAGAGAUGGUGUAAGUAUAACCCCUCUUAGCUGUGGAUUCAAAGAAUUACUGGAUAAUUUUGUGAUUAACCCAAAUCAGCAUAUGGGACCUUUGAAAUCAAUGAAAUUUGGUGCCAUCAUCAAGGCAAUUCACAAGUUCACUAAAGUACAUCAGAACUAUGGUACGUCUGCCCGCUUCAUUUAUGCAGUUGAUUUCCUUCUUUCUCUCCUUGUUCUUAUUUCUUAUUUGGCUACUAAUUUGAUUUUGAACCAGUCUAUGUUCCUUGUUUGAAUCUCUUAGUUCUGAAGACUUGUAAUGGAGUCGGUUUAUUAUGGUUCAAAAAACUUGCCUCUGUUGUACAUAAACCGGUAUACUUCCAAGUGGCAAUUUGUUAUACGUACGCUAUAUACGAGGAUAUGACAUAUUUGUAAGCUGCAGCCGAACAUCUAAACUAUGUACGGUUAUAUUGGAUUUUACAUGGUUGUGUGAUUUUCUAUCAUGAGAUGUACACAAAACACUUUUCAACCAUCUAUCAUAUUAGUAUUACCUCUCCCUCCCUCUCUAGGGUUGGCAAAUCGUACUAUCGUGUUGUGUUUCAUGCUCGUGUUUGUCAUGUUAUUCAUUUUAUUUCAUCAAUAAUAAAUCCAAUUUUAACUAAUUCUUUUACUUCGUGUUACUCUUGUAGCGUACCGAGUUCAUGCACAUUGUAUCAUUUGCCUUCGUAGUCGUUGUCUAAUCAUGUCGUGUUCGGGUCAUGCAGAUUUUCUCGUUUACUUUGUAAUCCUGUUU